AUGCAAAGAGACUCAGACAUCAGUAAACUCAGGACAGUGUUCACCCUCAGCCAAGGAGGUUCCCGACCAGGUCAUCGUCGUGGAUUGAAAUCUCAAGGCUGCAUCCAAUCUGAUCCACACAAAGAAAAAGAAACGACUCAUGAAGUCCCAUCCCCUACAAUCAACAAGCAUUAUUUUAAUUUUCUUUAUCCGAUUGGAAAAGGAGGCUUCGGCCGUGUAUGAAAAGUUGAAUUAAAAAAAGUCAAACGGCUUUUUGCGAUGAAAGCUAUGAGCAAGCUCAGAAUCGUUUCCAAAAGGAGUGUGCAUUCAGUUAUGAAUGAAAGAAAAAUUCUCUCAGUUCUGAGACACCCUCUUAUUGUAAAUAUGCAGUUUGCCUUCCAGGACAGAGAAAACUUGUAUUUAGUGAUGGAUUUGAUGCCCGGCGGAGACCUGAGGUAUCAUCUUGGGAAAGUUAGAAGAUUUAGCGAGGAACAGACCAGGUUUUUUGUUGCUUGUAUAGUCGCAGGGCUAGAUUAUAUACAUGCUAAUGGCAUUAUACAUAGAGAUAUUAAGCCGGAAAAUUUGGUGCUGGAUAGCAAAGGAUAUGUGAGGAUAACAGACUUUGGGAUCGCAAGGGUGUUUAACCCAGAAAACUCUCAAGAUACUUCAGGAACACCUGGAUAUAUGGCCCCUGAAGUCAUGUGUAGAAUGAACCACAGCUAUGUUGCGGAUUAUUUUGCCUUACUCCCCUCUUUGCGAGAAAAAUAUUUCGCUCGCUGACAAAGGAUUUGAUUUUUUUUUUCAAAUUUUAUAUUAAAUUUGUAAAUGGCCCAAUAUUUAAUUGAAUUAUCUAGAGUUCCCUUAUUUUUAUGAUUGAUCUCACGCAAGGCGGCUUUCUCAAAUAGGGAUUUUUCCAAUGAUGUUUCUUGCUCAGAGGAAUUAGGUGUUAUAGUAUAUGAGUUCAUGAUGGGAAGAAGGCCUUACAAUGGAAAAAACAGAAAAGAAAUCAGAGACCAAAUCCUAGCAAGACAAGUACAAAUCAAAAGACAAGAAGUCCCUGAAGGCUGGUCUCUCGAAGCUGCUGAUUUUGCUAAUAAGCUCCUUAUGAGGAAAGCUGAUAACAGGCUAGGAGCAAAAGGUGCAAAAGAAGUUAAAUCCCACCCUUGGCUUCAAGAGUUCCCUUGGAAACAGCUUAAAGAAAAAACUCUAGAAGCUCCUUUUAGGCUAACAACUGAAGACAACUUUGACCCCAGAGUAGGCGGUGAAUGAAAAGACGAAAUUGACCCUAUGAUUGAACAAGAUUCGAUUCAAACUUUGUUUUCAGGCUAUUUCUUUGAUUUCAGAAUGGCAGCGUCUAAAGUAGCUGAUAGCACACAGGAAUAUCGAAAAUUUUCCUUGUCGUCAACGCUUAGUUGUAUUUAA